AUGCAACCAACAGAACAAUCGGGGCAUGGGGACCUCAGUUCCCUGGAGGAUGCCAUUCCCCGUCUGAAGCUAGACGUGAACCAGUACAAGGACCUCUAUCCAGAAGUACCUUUCUGGCAGCCUAUACCAACAAAAGAACAGUCAGAGCAGCCGAGCCUCAGUCCUUUGGAAGAUGCCAUGGGUUACCUGAGGCUGAACUGGCCGAACCCAUACGGAGAGCUCUAUCUAGAAAUAGCUCUUCUGGAAGCCCUAAAAGAAGCGCGUCUGGAUGUCGUUGAGGAACUCUUAGAAAAGGCCGUCAACGCGCAUUCUCGGGGCGGUGACGAGCAAACAUCACUUUCACACUCGACCGAGCUCGGGUUUCAGCAGAUAGUAGCAAGCCUAUUGCGUCAGGGUGCUUCUAUGGACAAACAGGAUGAGAAGGGACAGACGCUGCUUUGCCGAGCCUCUCUUGGACGAAACAUUAAAAUAAUGUCGCUUCUGCUUGAUAACGGUUCAGAUGUGGAAUUGGCAGACGAUGAAGGAUGGACUCCUCUGAUGGUCGCGGCUGAACGGGGCCACGACGAAGCUGUGGCUCUGCUGCUGAAGCACGGAGCAGACCCAAAUGCGAGGGACAACGAAGAAUUUACGCCGCUUUUGCACGCGGCUAUGACUGGAUACCGAGACAUCGUAGAACGCCUUCUCGAUGCCGGCGCGGACCCCAACGCGCAAGACGAGACGCAAUGCUUAACCGCGAUGAGUUGGGCGGCGGAGAGUGGCCAUGACGAUGUUGUGAAGCUACUGCUUGAGCGAGGGGCAGAUCCUAACAUGGAUGAUCGCGUGCUUCUAUGUGCGCUCAGCGGGUGUGAGCCCGAUAAUUUUGAGGAUAACGAUAGAUUACUGGAAAUGCUCGUCAAGAACGGCGCGGACGUCUUUAUGGAUCAGUGGUCGGAUGAGCGACCUCUUGUCAUCGCUGCCAGGCAAGGUCGUUGUCGUACUGUCGACAUGUUUCUGGAGGCGAGCUACUCGUCCAGGAGUGUUCGACAAAAGCAUAUUUGGGAUGCCAUUACGGUCGCUGCGGAGGAAGGUCAUGAAACCAUUCUGGUGAGCUUGAUGAAGCAUUAUGAGAUGAACGAGACCGAGAAGCAGAUCAAAUGGGAAUGGGUGCAGAAGUCUCAGUUUGGUGACGCGUUUGAGCUAUUGAGACCUUACUUUGAGCCUGACGCGACAAGGGACAAUGGUGGCAAUUAG